AUGUCCCGCAAGGCCAAUGUGGAGUACACCCUGCGGAGCCUGAGCAACCUCAUGGGGGAGAAGCGCCGGCGGCAGCAGCAGCAGCAGCAGCAGGCGGCGGCGGGGGCGCCCGACGUGGCCAGCCUGGGCGAGCGGAGCCUCAUCGCCGCCGCCGCCGCCGCCGCCGCCGAGACUUGCUCCAUCACCAGCCAGGCGUCGGGCGGCGGCGGCGGCGGCAGCUGCGCGGACCUGGAGCGGGCGGCCCGGCGCCAGUUCCAGCAGGACGAGACGCCGGCCUUCGUGUACGUGGUGUCGGUCUUCUCGGCGCUGGGCGGCUUCCUCUUCGGCUAUGACACGGGCGUGGUGUCCGGGGCCCUGCUGCUCCUCAAGAAGGAGCUCCGCCUGGACGCUUUCUGGCAGGAGCUGCUGGUCUCCAGCACGGUGGGCGCCGCCGCCGUCUCGGCGCUGGCCGGAGGGGCGCUCAACGGCUGCUGCGGCCGCCGCGCCUGCAUCCUCCUGGCCAGCUGCGUCUUCGCGGCCGGCGCCGCCGUGCUGGCCGCCGCCCAGAACAAGGAGACCCUGCUGGGGGGGCGCAUCGUGGUGGGGCUCGGCAUAGGUAUUACUUCUAUGACAGUCCCAGUAUACAUUGCAGAAGUUGCUCCACCCCAUCUGAGAGGCAGAUUAGUUACUAUAAAUACGCUCUUCAUCACAGGUGGCCAGUUUUUUGCAAGUGUGAUAGAUGGAGCCUUCAGUUACCUUCCAAAGAAUGGAUGGAGGUACAUGUUGGGCCUUUCAGCAGUUCCAGCUGUAAUACAGUUUCUUGGCUUCCUCUUUCUUCCUGAAAGUCCCCGUUGGCUUAUUCAGAAAGGGCAGACUCAAAAGGCACGUAGAAUUCUGUCUCGGAUGCGGGGUAACCAAACAAUAGAUGAAGAAUAUGAUAGUAUCAAGAACAACAUUGAAGAGGAAGAAAAAGAAGUUGGUUCAGCUGGACUUGUGAUCUGCAGAAUGCUGACCUAUCCUCCAACUCGAAGAGAAUUAAUUGUGGGUUGUGGUCUACAAAUGUUCCAACAACUGGCAGGGAUUAACACAGUCAUGUAUUACAGUGCUACCAUUAUGCAGAUGUCAGGCGUUCAAGAUGACCGGCUUGCUAUUUGGCUCGCUGCGGUGACAGCAUUAACUAACUUCAUUUUCACUAUGGUUGGAGUCUGGCUGGUUGAUAGAGUGGGCCGUAGGAAACUCACGCUUGGAAGUUUAGCAGGCACCACCAUUGCACUUCUUGUUCUAGCUUUGGGAUUUUUGCUGUCAGCUCAGGUUUCACCACAAGUCACUCUUAAUCCUGAAGGCCCUUCAGGACAGAACUCUAGCUGCACAAAAUACAGCUAUUGUAAUGGGUGCAUGCUGGAUCCAAUUUGUGGCUUUUGUUACAAGCUAAACAAGUCAAGUGUUGUGGAGUCCUCCUGUGUUCCUGUUAAUAAGAAAUCUGCAAUAGAGGCUGCUUGGGGCAGAUGCUCAAAUGAGACCAGACUCAAAACGGGGGACACGUUUUGGGCUUACAAUUUCUGCCCUACACCUUACUCUUGGACAGUGCUCCUGGGACUUAUUUUAUACCUGAUUUUCUUUGCACCAGGAAUGGGACCAAUGCCUUGGACAGUAAAUUCUGAAAUAUAUCCCCUUUGGGCUAGAAGUACAGGAAAUGCAUGUUCUUCUGGCGUCAACUGGAUUUUCAAUGUACUGGUGUCACUAACAUUUUUGCACACCGCUGAGUAUCUUACAUACUAUGGAGCAUUCUUCCUGUAUGCAGGAUUUGCUUUUGUGGGACUCAUUUUCAUCUAUGGCUGCCUUCCUGAGACAAAAGGGAAGAAGCUAGAGGAAAUCGAAUGCUUGUUUGAGAACUCGCUGUGUACAUGUGGUAUUUCAGAUACUGAUGAUGGGAGGUAUAUUGAAUAUAUCCGGGUAAAGGGAAGUAAUUAUCAUCUUUCUGACAAUGAUGCUUCUGAUGUGGAGUGAUUUCCAGCUGCUGGUGUAUUUAAUCAUUUAAAAGCCUUGGGUGUGGGGAUGAAGGAGCUGCUCUUGAUGCCCUCACU